GCAGUUAACAGUUCUGUCAUUUAGAACAAAAAAUGCCAUUUUCCCAUUUUCCCUUGAAAAUUGACAGCUGUCAACUUCACAUAAGAUUCGGUAUCCUUAACAUGGUUUAUCAGAUUUUUGGACACUUGUGCUGACUGGUCGCCCUUCAAAAAAAUUAUAACAAUGAGUAAAUAUUAUUGAAUUGGCCCUACAUCAGUUUGCUGAUGCAACUGUAAAACAUUCAGGAGAAUAACAAAUAAAACAAUAAAGCUCAACACUGCAAAAAUCAAUGCUAAAACCAGGUCACUAUGCUAGUAUUAAGCUGAGUGAAUAACCUUCCGUAAAGGCAGAAUCAAUUAUAAUUGAAUCAGCUACAAACAUAUUGGUAACAUUGCUAAGAAAGUCUACAGCAAUCCAAAAUGUAGAUACAUUCAGAUAAGAAUCUUGUUAGCCUUUAGUGCACCAUUAAAAUAUUCUGACAUCAUUUACCAAUAAUUUGUAUCAAUAAUCAUAUAACUUUAUUACUUAGAAUUACUAUUUAUUGCCUAUAAUGCUUUAUUUAUAUGCCUGAGAUACUUAUACAACGAUAUAAUGAUAAUUUAACUGAUAUUUGUGACAGUUCUUUACCCCCAGUCUUUGGAAGCCAUUACAAGGCUGCUGGGUUGAUUACUAGUGAAGAAAAGAGGUUGAUUCGCAGGAAUAAGACUGUAUACUACAAUAACUGGCCCGUAACACACAUUACGUGUAGUGAAGGCACAAUGUAUUCGGAGAAACGGGGACGUUUACCGGCCGUUCGGUUGCAGACAAAUCAUAACAAGACUGACGAUAAUUGUUUUCCGCGCGGCUAACAUCCUAUCGUAUUACAUAAAACACAUCGGUUUUACACUCCGACACUCGAAUAAAAAGCCAACGUGCAAUCGCAGAUCGAUAAAACACCGCACCACAAACGUAAAUAAAUCAUUAGGACCGCACUUGCUCGUAUUGAUUUGAGUCGCAUGUACGCAUAAAUUAAUCGAUUUUUAACAAACGUACGUCUAUUUAGAGCGUGAAUAUACGUCUAAUUUAUAAUUUGGCACUUAAUAUCCCGCUAACGAUACAGAAAUAAUGAAUAACUUACCCAAGAAUGAGGUGCUGCAAUGAUGACUGGCUAAUGCACUGAAUUAUUUAUAUUGCACUAUAUACGUAAUUAAAUUCUUACAGAUAAAUAUAAUUUAAGCUAGGAAAUCAGGGACUUUAGUAAUUAAACAAUUUUAACUACGAGAAUUACAAGAAUUGUUAUUUAAACGUGUAAUAACCUUCCGCAAAGUGUUUCAUUCAGCGAUUUUUUUCUACGGAAUUGUUCGAUAUUUUUACGCCAGAGGGCACACCUGUCUCGUAGACUUUUGACAUUUAAUUUAUGAAUGCGUUCCGAUUUAACACGUGUACUCUAUUCAUUUUGCAUGAUUUUGCUUUCUCUUCUGUCGUAAAAACUAUUCUUCAUUUUGACUGUUGAAGUAACUGUGUUUUAUAAUAAUAGAGAUUAAGUAAAAGUAGUAGCUAUCUUACUAAGUUUAGACACAACAAUAUUUCCUUUCAUUAGAAAAAUAUGUAUUUUUCCAUGAAUUUACUUGUGUUCUGGAAGAAAUUAAUAAUGAUCCUGUAGAAAGAAACAUUCUAUAAAAUCUAUCAUAAGUCAUUUUUCAUCCAGGUUUUAUUCAGUUUCAGCAAAACUGAAACAACAAAACGAAACGUUUGCGUCAAACUUUGACACUUGACAGCCACUGACAACUGAUAGCUUAAAAAUCCGCGCCCAAUCUUGUGCACCUACCAAAAUAAAAGAACCGUAUAAUAUUUAUUUUUGUUUAUUGUUUACUGUUAUCAAAAAGAAAUGAGUGCUCGCACAGCGCGCUUAGCUAGAGAAGUGAACCACUUUGAAACUAAACCUCCUUGGGGAAUAGUUUGCCAUCCACGGGAAGAAGAUAUUUACGAUGUUCUGAACUUCACUUUGCAAGGGCCGAAAGGUUCUCCGUACGAAAAUGGAUCAUUUAAGUUAACUGUUACCAUACCACAGAAGUAUCCCUUCGAGCCGCCCUUAGUUAAGUUUAUAACACCGGUUUAUCAUCCCAACAUUGAUAAAGGAGGCAGGAUAUGUAUGGACAUGCUUAAAAUGCCCCCCAAAGGUGCUUGGCUGCCCACCAUCACGCUGGAGACUCUUCUUGUGUCCCUGCAGACUCUGCUUGCCAACCCUAACCCCGAUGACCCUCUGAUGAUGGAUGUAGCUAAUGAAUAUAAGUAUAAUAUAGACCAGUUCUUAAUUAACGCUAGAAAACACACUGACAAAUAUGCUAAAGGAUAAGUUAUAGCAGCAAUAACUUAAAAGACGCAUGUUUACGUUUGUAUUGAGAUUGUUUACCAAAAAGCAUCAUUUUCCUAGCCUUUUCCAAACUAUGUUCAGGUCGGCUUCCAGUCUAACCAGAUGCAUUAAGGUACCAAUGUGCCACAAGGAGUGACAGCCUAUCUUGCCUUCUAAAGCCAGUUACCCCUUGGUAAGACUGGUUGUCAAGACUUACUGGCUUCUGACUACCCAUAACAACUGCUAUAGAUGAUCAAUGGCAGCAAAAUGGUAAUCAAAAAACAAUCUGAGGUAAUUGGUUAAUAUUGAAUUGCAGAAAUACUUGAAAAGAAUGUUGUUAUAUAGGGAAAUUGGUUUUCAGUAAAUGGCAGUUACAGUACAACUAGUACUUUUAACACGUUCGUGGACAGAACGAGAUUAAACAUCAUCGUUCGAAAUUAACGCGCAACGUGUAUACACGUCCCCGCGUGCAUAUCUCGCUCGAUUGUGUCAUGAUGUCUUGGGACGAUUCGCUAUGAUGGGACGCUACGUACAUACACGUCAUAUAAUUUGUAUGGACAUUUACUGUGUCAUUUUGGUACACAAUCUAAAGUUGUAGUGUCCGCGAACGUGUUAAUGAAGGAAAAAACUGUGAAACAAUCUGGUCACAACAUUAUUAAGUAUGCACCUAAUUAUAGAUUUGUAAGAUAAGCAUAUAUGAUUAAGUUAAAAGCAUUGAAAGUCUGUACAUUAGGCUUACUUUCCUUCUGAACACUUGGCUUCUAUAUUUUUGUGAGUUUUUAGUUAUUAAAAUAAUCUGUAGAACAUUUUGUUAUGGUUUAAGUAAAACAAGGAAAGAUGUACUAAAUAAGAGACUGGUCAAUAAUAUUUUGAUAAUCUUUAUUAA